CAAGCUGCCCGAAUCUUGCAUAUAUAAUGGCGACCGAAUUAUCGUUGUCGCCGCCAGAAAGUUAUCCUACUCUUGGUUGCAGAGUCGCAGAUAAGCGGGAAAAUGCCGCUGAAGAUUUCCGAUGCCACGAUUGCAAGCUUCGCUGAAGUCUUCGAGGAGUUUCGUUCAGAUGCGCCGAAGAACAAGCUCAAUCUAAUCCUCUUCCUGGUCGACAAAGACCCUGCUACCUCCCUUAGCAUUUGCCCUGACUGCUCCAGGGCUGAGCCUGUGAUCUACAAAAAGCUGGAAUCUGCAUCGGAUGAUAUUGCACUGUUGAGGACUUAUGUAGGAGACAUACCAGCAUGGAAGAACCCUCAGAAUCCAUGGAGGGAGGAUUCAAGGUUCAAGCUCACAUCCGUACCGACAUUGAUCCGUUGGGAGAAAGACACAAUCAAAGGUCGUCUGGAGGACAAUGAAGCCUACAUUGAAGACAAGAUUGAAGCUCUUGUUGCCUGAAAUGAUUGCUGG